CUCCAGCUGGAAAGUCAAGAAGCAGAGGACAGGGUUAGGCAUGCGGUUUUUCGCGAUCCUCCCAGAGGGGCCUGGCCUCUCAGACUGCGUCACCCUUUCGCAGAGGGUCCCCAAGCAGGCAGGGGUUCCCUGCAGCCGAUUCGCCACUCUCUCCGCCUCCCCACGCCCUUACCCUCCGUCCUGGCUGAGCCCAGGGAGCUCACCGUCCGGGGCAGCCUCUUUUGGCACCAAGGCCUCCAGGUGCCCGGCACGAAGGCGGAGCCGGGCCACAGCCGCCUCCCCGGCGCCGCGGACAGUACCCCCCGGGAGUUCGCGGACCCAGUGCAGCGGCUCCAGCGUCUCCAGCCUCCCCUGCUCCCCGCACUCCUCCCUCUUGGCGCGCUGGACGCAAAGCCUGCGACGUGCAAGCAGAGCGCAGAGCCAAGUGGCGCGCACGGGGCACCAGCGCGGACAACCCUAACGUCCCACAGCUGGAGCCCGCGCUCCAGUCACCGGCCAGUGGACGCCCUGACCAUGGCUGCUGAAAGACCCAGCUCCGGCGCCUGGUUCUGGGCGGCGGCGCUGCUUCUGCUUGGCCUGCAGCGCCUCUCGGUGCGGGCGGAUGGGAAGUUCUUUGUGCUGGAGUCUCAGAAUGGCUCUCGGGGCCUGGACCUGGAGGCAGCCUGGCUUUCCUGCAAAAGCAGAGGCGCUCACCUGGCAUCUGCAGACGAGCUGAGGAGGGUGGUCCAGGACUGUGCCUUGGCGGUGUGCACCACGGGCUGGCUGGCGGAUGGCAACCUGGGGACAACAGUGUGUAGCAAGGGAAGUGGUGAACAGCAAAUCAGGAGAGCUGUGGAUAUGAGAAUCGAAAGCAACGUGGUUCCUGGCAGCACAUACAAUGCCCUUUGUAUUAAGGAUGAAGAGAAGCCUUGUGGAGACCCACCCUCGUUCCCACACACCGUCCUGCAGGGACGCACCGGCUUGGAGAUGGGGGAUGAGCUGCUGUACGUGUGCGCCCCGGGCCAUGUGACCGGCCGGCGCGAAACGGCCUUCACCUUGCUGUGUAACAGCUGCGGGGAGUGGUACGGCCUGGUCCAGGCCUGCGGGAAAGAUGAGGCUGAGGCACAUAUUGACUAUGAAGAUAAUUUUCCUGAUGACAGAUCCGUGUCCUUCAGAGAGCUCAUGGAGGAUUCCCGGACAGAGGUGGAGGAGGACGGGGGUCCGGGAGACGCCUCUGAGGAGGCGCCAAAACAGGACCGUCUGGUCUCCGGUUCUGUGGGCAGAGAAGACAUAGCCCUCGAUAAGGCCUUUGUGCCGACCACAGGCUUGCCCAGCGCUGGGAGCAGUGUCCCCACGGACCUGCCAGGGUCCCGACGAAAUCAGAAGUACUUGUUCUGGUUUCCUGCUGAGCCCUUCCACAAGCCUGCGUUGGAAAAGGAGAUGGAUGAUGACACUAAAGAGCAGUUUCCUGCUGGAGACCACCAGAGUGGUACAACCUUGGCCCCAGGGGAGCCUGAAACCAGGGCCACCUACGGCAGCAGAGGUGGUCCCUCACGGCCUUUUGUGGGCAGGAAUGACAGCAAGGCAGUUGGUGCCGUGGUGAGCGGGAGCGAUGAGUCCUGGUUAGAUGGCUACCCUGUGACUGAUGGCACCUGGAGGAAGCCAGAGGCUGACGAGGAGGACGAGGAGGACAAGGGGGAUGGAUCCGUCGGGCUGGAAGAAAGCAUCCUAGUUAAAACCAGUCCGCCCAUUCUUGUGGACGUUAAGGAGCCCAUGAGUACCACCCUCCCACCAGCUGAGGACAUAACCCACGGUUCAGGUCUUCCAUCUCAAACACUAGAUGUAGAAGCUUUGGCUCUCAGACCCGUGAAUGUGUCUGACACCGAGGGUCCCAGCGAGGGGGAUGGAGACUUGGCUAGAUACUCAUCAACUGUUCCUUGGAGAGACACCACGGAGAAGUCUCCCAUGUCCACCCUAGCCAAUGAACUCCCCAGCUCCACCCUGGAGACGGGAACCACCGCUGUGCAGAAAACGCCCAACCACAUCCCUUCAACUGCAACGGCGGCCACCCAGACUCCCGUGGAAACUGCCGCCCCUGAGGUCAAGGAUACCUUCCCGUACCUGCUGUCUGAGGACUUCUUGGGACAGGAAGGUGCACCGGGCCCAGGAGCAAGUGAGGAGCUUUUUCCAACCUUGGAGCCCUGUGCAGGGGAUAAGUGUCCUGGCCUCAGCAGAGGCCCCAUCAUUGCCACCAUUGUCACGGUCCUGUGCCUGCUGCUGUUCCUGGCGGGCGUGGGGGCAGUGUGGGGCUACCGCAAGUGCCAGCACAAGAGCUCUGUGUACAAGCUGAAUGCUGGCCAGCGGCGGCACUACCACCAACAGAUUGAGAUGGAGAAGGUCUAGCCAACUUGGGUGGGCUCCCCCGCAGCCCCUGGGCAGUAACAGGAACUGUGACAUGGCGCAGUGUUUAUCAACACUGGUCACUCACUAUAGCAGGAAACAGGUGGAGUCGGGCUCAUCUUCUUUUUCUCAGGUCUUUGUUUUAUAGGCUGAGAAGUGUCACACCGGGCAGGGCAGGGAGGCUUGGGCAGAUCCCGAACAGGAGCAUCUUCCUAACCAUCUGCCCUGGAACCUGUUGCACCGAAUCCCAGACCUGUGCUUCGGCUCUGCUUCUGGCGUGCAGUCAAAACUCCCCUCUUCAUCAUACGAUUGUCUUUUUUCUUUCUGUCUUGCCUGCAGCAUGCAGAAAUGCCUGGGCCAGGGAUAGAACCCCCGCCACAGCCAUAACCCAAGCCACAACUGGACAACCCUGGAUCCUUAUCCUGAUAUACCACCAGGGAACUCCAUGUCUUCUUUUUUUAAGAAUGAAAACAAUGGACUCUGCUACCUGAAAUUUUUGAAAUAGGCAUGAUAGCCUAUUUCAAGGCACAGCGUUUGAAAGCAGUGUUCUUUAGGACAGAGAUAUUUAAUUGUUGAGAGCAGUCUAUGGAAGAAUAAUGAGUUAUUUCCUUGUAAUGUGGAGACGUUGCUGAGGGCAAAUGAGCCAAGAACCAGGGCACAGGCUACAGCCUUGAGAUCUCUUUGUUUGUUGAAACUGGAAGGAAUGAACGGCUGACAUUUGGUUGGGGGAGGGGAUGGGAGCAGUGGUGGGACCCACACUCACCCUGUUCCCUCUAAUCUGGGGAACAGCCGAUCGUUUCUUUUAAAAAAACAAGGUUAGCUUUAGCACCGUUUCCUCUCAGCAGCUAUGGCCUGCUUGUCCUUGACCAGUCUGUGCCUAGGCAUGUCUUAGAGUUUUGGCCAGGACUAACAAAACUCAGCCCUUGGUUUCCUCUCUGAGGAUUAACCAUUUCUCUGAACGCCAGGAAGACGGAAUGACCUAGGAGGGAAAAAAUGUUUUAAGAGGGCCCAGGACUAGGAAGGAUCUCAAGCAUGGAUACCUACUUGAGGGAGAAGCAGAGGAAUUAAAAGGAAUAUGAAAUGACCUGAGAUGCUCUGUACUUGAUGCUGCUGUGACAACUGUGAGCUCUGGACAAACAGCCUGAGUGCAGGAUGGACACACCCUAGCUGCUGAGAAGCCAGCUCAUGUUAUCUCCGUCAUCUUGUGAUGGCUCAGUGCGUCUUGUUUAUGACAGUGGUUCUCAAAGCGUGGUCCUCGGACCAGCAGCAUCAACAUCAUCUAGGAACUUGCCAGAGAUGCAAGUUCUCUGGUACCCACCCCAGACAAAGCACCCACCCUGGGGGUGGGGCCCAGCUAGCUGGGGUUUAAAGUAGCCCUCUGGGUGACUCUGCUACUCACUCAAGAUUGAGAACCCCUGGUUUAUGAGAACAUACAUGCUGAGCUUUAAAGGCAGCUGAGGCUCCUGAGGCCCAGCCCUGAGGUUUGUCUUGCAGGGAAGUCAGGCUACUGCUGUGCCCCUGAGGUAGCAUUUGAGGCGGCUGAAAUACCAUCUCCAAUGGUCUCCUUUGUAUUGGCACAGAAACCAAACAUAUGAUAUUUUUCUAAUAUGAAUCGCUUGCUUAGAAAGUUUUCUAUUUGGUAAAAAGUGAUGAAAGCAGAGGUCCCAUUGUGGCUUAGCAGGUUAAGAACCUAACAUAUUCUCCGUGAGGAUGCGGUUCAAUCCCUGGCCUCACUCAGGGGGUUAAGAAUCCAGCUAUGCCACAAGCUGUGGUGGAGGCUGCAGAUGUGGCUUGGAUCUGGAGUUGCUGUGGCUGUGGUUUAGGCCUGUAGCUGCCUAAAACUCCAGUUUGACCCAGAACCUAGGAACUUCCAGUGCCAAAGGUGCAGCUGUAAGAAGAAAAAAGAAGUGAUGAAGACAACACAUUUAUUUUGAGACACUAUGAGUCUAAGUGUUCUUGUGUAGUGUGAGAAAAAUCCCAAUUUAUAAGCGAAAAAUUGUUAGGGGUGCGUUACCUAAAGAAAAUGAGUAUUCUCACAUGUUUUGUACCCUGCCACGUCUUUCUUGUGCAAGCUUUGGAAAAAUAAUAAGCUAAGUAGCUACAAAGGCAGUCUAGCAUCAUUCCUGACUAAAUGAAGGCCUGAAGGUACGAAAUGGAAUACCUAUGUGUCUGAUGAAAUCUAGAACAAUAGGAACACAAUGCUUUCUAUGCGUAGCCAAAGCAAAAUACAAAAGCCAGAGGUUGUAUAUAUUUAUAACUAGAUACUUUUCUAAUCUAGUACAAAUAACUUUUCUAUUUUUAACUAUAUAAAAUAACCUCCAUCUCAGAGUUCCCUGGUGGCUCAGGAGGUUAAGGAUCUAGUGUUGCCACUGCCACAGCAUGGGUUUGAUCCUUGGCCUGGGAAAUUCUGCAUGCCUCAGGCAUGGCUGAAAUAAAAUAACCUCCAUCUCAACAUGUAAUAUCCCAGGACUAUCGACUUAAUAUCAACUCAAAACCAGGUAAGAUUAAUACAAGUGUAUUAAGUUUAUUAGACACAUUAAUUAAUGUAAAUGUAUUAUUUGGUAGAAAUGAAAAAUAAACCCAACACAUCAUUCUUAAGUUUUUAUUGGUUUGGUGUCAUCUAAAUUAACAUCAUAGGAUCUAAAAAACACAUAUAGAAAGGGAACGACUAAAACACUGUAAACCUAAAUUGUAUGUCACGUGUUUUUUCAGGAUGGUAAAUGUUUAAUGCUCGUGAAAAUGUGUGUGUGGGGGGAGGGGUGAUUCAUUAACACAAAGCUUCUGAGAUAUUUAAAAUAAAUAAUUAUUUCCCCAAACAGUUACUUGGUGUAUUUUAUGUUAAAAUUUA